AAGAUAACAUUGCAAUGAAAUUCCAAAUCACACCCGAAGCUUCUUUGGCAAUAUUGAAAUAUAGUAUGGCUCUAACUUGUUGUUGGCCACCAUCGCUUAAUGCUAACAGAUCGAAAAUUUUUAUUUGUGAUAUUUUAUGCUUCUUGGCUUUUAUUUCUGCAAUGCUUUUAUUGAUUCCACUUCUAAAUUCGGUUUACCAAGAUCGAAGUGACACAAUGAUAUUAUUAAAGUCCAUUUAUCUUUCCUGUGCUGCUGCUCACGUUGCAAAUAAAAUCGCUAUAUGCUGGAUUCAUCGCUAUCGUCUGCAGUUUUUACUGAAGGAAGUAACAGACUUUCUACACCAUGCAAAUGAAAGAGAAAGAAAUAUAAUGCAGCAUUAUGCAGAUAAAUAUGGAAUACUACACGUCUUUUUUACAAUUUCAAAUUACAUGGGAGCAUUAGGAGUUAUUUUGGGACCUCUAUUCACAUCAGCGCCUUUUCCCACGGACGCAAAGUAUCCUUUUGCUGUAGAUUUUAAACCUGUAAAAUACGUUAUUUAUGCACACCAGAGUUUGACUGGAUUUCAAGUUUCAGCUGCAAUGAGCAUUGAUUGUUUAGUGGGCUAUCUUUUGUGGUUUGUUGCUGCAAGAUUCAAAAUUUUAUCCCUGAAUUUUCGAGAUGCUAAAAAUGAAAAAGAAUUCUGUUUAUGCGUCCGUCAACAUCAAAAAUUGCUCAAGUAUGCGAAUGAAGUCCGAACUGCAGUUUGUUUUUUGAUUUUCACAACCAUGUCAUCAGCAACAUGUGCUUUGAUAUUUUGUGGUACACAUAUCUUUACUCCUGGAACAAUGAUUGUGAAAGUACAAUCUGCUAUUAUUGUUGGUGCUGGAUGUGGACUUCUAUUUGUAACAUCUUUGUCAGCUGAACAUGCAAUUGCAAUGUCAACUAAUAUUGGAUAUGAAGUGUAUAAUUCAUCAUGGAAUACACUCUCAUCAAAAUUAUUAACGUCGAGGAUUAUUGUACUUCAAAGAUCACGAAAACCUGUAACAGUUCAAAUAGGAGGUAUUCUGCCUAGACUAUCCCUUUCCUAUUAUGCCCAGUAUCUUUCUAACGUAUUUUCUUACCUCGCUGCUGUUAGAAUGCUAGUAAAUAUAGAGUGAUUAAACCGCAGAUUUAAAAGUUAACUACACAAA